UCAUAACUAACCUAACCUCAGUCAGUUGUCAAUAAUAAUAAUUAAUUUGUUUCUUGUUUCUAACAUCAGUUUUAUCAAACUAUUUGUUUUAAGAUUAGCUUAUAUCAAGACGAUGUAAGAUCCUUGCUCUGAAACCAAAACUAGGACCUUUUUAUAUCACAAAGUUAAAGUGGAAGCGAUUGCCUACCCUGUUAUUGAACUUAGAUUGAAGAAAAUGUUGUUAAAUGAAGUUCAGACCUACUCCCUGACUCAUUUGGCAACUGCCCCAUUUUCAUCAGCCGUAUCGCUCGACCAUUGUUUUGCCUUCCUGACAGAAAAGGGAAUUGAUGUUUUGAGAAGGGCUGGCAAGACGGGGUUGUUGACUUGGGCCAUCUGCCUUUUGCUGAUAUCUACUGUGGUGCCUGUAUCUGCAGAUGAUGCUACUCAACAGAUGUUUGGUGAUUUUACCGACGGUUUACCUGCAGCAUUCGGAGAUUUCAACUCAGAUGAAAUAACUGAUCUGUUUGUCAUCCGAAACAACAGCAAAACUGUCGAGGUUUUGUUAGGACAAGAUAAAGAACCUGUGAUGUACUCAGAUGGAAUCAAAUGUUCAUUCCCAUAUAAUUACAAGAUCACAAGUGCAACCCCAGGAGAUUUUAAUGGAGACGCUCUUAUGGAUGUUAUGGUCACUUUGAACGUUGAAGGUGAUAGUUUAAACCACAUAGUAGUUCUAUGGGGAGAAAUGAAACGGUUGAAUUGUACAUAUAAAACAUUAUUCAAAACAAAUGGCCAGCCCCUUGCAAUAGACUAUGACAAAAAUAUGGUAAUUGAUUUGUUCGGAGUUGAUGAAGAUAACAACAGAGCGUUUUGGUUGUUUGAUAAAAACAGUACAACACCGAGAAAAAUUCCCAUGAGAAACAACGAAACUCACGACUUUCAGGGGAAAAUAAGAAAACCACACUCUCACGCUUUCCUGGAUUUGAAUGACGACGAUCUGGCAGACCUUUAUAUCACAACAGAGGACAAGUUUGAAAUUUGGAAAGGAAAUAAGGAUAUUCCUGAUGGGUUUACCCCUUGGCAAACGAUCGAUCUCCCUCCAGGCUUAAAUAAAAACAAACAAGAUGUGAUCGGGCAGACUGUGUUUUUAGAUAUGGAACUGGAAGGCAAACUGGAUCACAUUGUCCCUGUGUGUGACAACAUGAACUGUGACAACAGCAGAAUAUUCGCUUACACUCAAUCUGAUAGGCAGUGGCAUGAUUUACAUGUAAAUUUCCAUGAAGAUGGAACAGCCAACAAAUGGAAAUUCGCUGUCAACACGAAACCUCAAAAACCAUACACAGAAACAAUAACUUUGCGAGCAGGUGACUUCAACAUGGACGGCUAUCCAGACGUGAUGGUUACACUCAACCGAGCAAACUCGCAAGAGUACAAAUCUUUUUUCUUGAAAAACGUUCCCUGCAAGACAGCUUGUACAGAGUUUUCUCGCACAUUUGAAGUGCAAUGGAAUACUUUAAGUCCUUACAACAAUAAUACAGUUCUCGGUGUUUUCUUCGAUUUCCUACAAGACGGUGUUCUCGAUUUAAUAUUCGUUCACUCUCAAGAUAAGCCUACCAUGUUCAAUGUAUCGGCCUACAGGAACACAUUGGAUUACGAUGCCAAUUUUGUGAAAGUCAUGGUCGUCACAGGGCUGACUAAUGUUGAACACCCGUUAAACCCCGGUCCUCUGAGGAAGUCUGCUGGAGUUUAUGGUACAAACCUCCCCGGGCCUAAAGUCAUGUACCAAACAACGACACAAGAAGGUGAUCCACGCUCUGCUGUCGCUACUCAGAUUCCACAAUCGGCCCACUUCACCCUCAACCUUCCCUACACUAUCUUCGGUCUCGGCCGGACGCCUAAUUUCAUCGAUACUCUCACUGUUCAGGUCUAUGGGAAGUCUCGUCAAUGGACUCAACUCAUUCCUAAUUCCCAAAUGGUUGUGAUUCCUUGGCCGAUAGAGGAGGUUUACAGCUGGAAAGUACAGUUGUUUGUCACUCCAAGUAAACUUAUCUUCCAAAGUGUUUUAGCCCUCUUGGCCACAUGUGUUUUCAUUUCUUUGAUAAUUGCUGCUCUUUACUGGAAAGAACGGAAAGAGGAUCAUUUAGAGAAGUUGCAAGAAGCUCAUAGGUUCCAUUUUGAUGCAAUGUAAAGAAAUAAAUACAAAUCAUGGCAGAAUAUAUUUAUAAAGUAUAGACCAAGUUUCUAAACUAAUAUAUUGAAAAUUAAUUGGUUGUCAUUGACUAAAUAACAUUAAAAUGGGACAAAAUUGCAUUAGGGAUGGUUGCAUUAGCGAUCAUUAAAUGGGGUUUUUAUAUACAACUCUCUAGUUUUAAAAAUAUACCAAUAAUAUAUGACAUAUUCUGACAUUUAUAACAUCUUUGCUUAGAAAACUACAAUUACAAGGAGAAUGUAAUAUGAAUCAUAUCCAGAGACAAAUUAAUUUCAUCAACAACUCUGAAACAAAUCAUGUCGGUGACUCAAAAUAUAAACAACUGCUUACUUUUACCUCUUGGAAUUAGAUAUAAAAAUGUAUUGGAGUUGGUAAAAUAAUUUAUUUUGGUAAAUCCCCCGUAUCAUAUUCUUCCCAGUAACAAACUAUUUUCUUCAUACAUUAACUACAAACUUCUCCAGUUAUCAUUAGGGAAAUCGACUGAAUGAGGACUGGCUAAUGAUCAGUGCAGAUUUUGUUUACAAAGUAUGUCAGAUAUGAAUUUUUUAUAAGAUUAAAAUUGUUAUAAUAAUUAUUGUUUAUGUAAUUUUAUAUACAAUUGUGAAAGCUCUUUAUGUUGGAUUAUAGUACAUACCGGUAUUUUAAAAUGAAAUUUUUUUUUUAAUCUGCACAGUAUAUUUUUUUAUGUUUUGUUUAGUUUUAACUUGUUUUCUACAACAAAUUCACUGUUUAUAACCCAACUGCUCUACUCUAUUGGGUUUCAAUUGGUGUGAUAUAUACACGUUACAUGUUUUAUAUAUCAAUAUGAAACCAAAUCUCUAUAGUUAGACUCAUUAAAAAAUAUUUCUUAGAAUCUGCAAGAUUGUAUACUUACUAAUUAAUUUUUCACUUAUUUCAGGGUACACAGCUUCUUUAUAAACCUUGUGUUCCCAAACUAACUUAAAUAACUAGUGUGUAGAUUCCACCAAUCACUCUGAUCGUUGCCAAAAAGGGUCGCCGGAAUUUUAUCCCCCUGGAAUUUUACCCCCUGGGCAAAGCUGACGUCACUAUGACGUAGUAACCUGAGUGGCCAAAAGUUUGUUCGCGGCCGGAAUUUUACCCCCGCGGAUUUGGAAGUCUAAUGAAAGUAGUCAGAGCGUGAUUAAUUAGAUUAGCGAUAAAAACCGGAAUUUUACCCCCUGUCCAUAUAACUAGCGUUUAGACAACUGAAGAUGUACGGGCCGGAUUUUUACCCCCGGAUUUUUACCCCCCGGAAUUUUACCCCCUGGCCGAUUUUAGAAAUGGAAUGAUUGAUUUCCUUAUUUCAGUUUUUAAUUCAUUGUAAACAGUUCAUUAUUUAGUAGCCAAUCUUUAUUUAUUUAUUUUGUAAUCUCAACUAAGUAAACAGAAUUUGCAGUUUUAUUUUGAUCGUAUUAACCAACAGUCCAACAAGAUUGAAUCCUGAUACUCGAAUCUCAAAAUUAAAAUUAUUAACCUGUUCGAUUAGUUGGGUAAUGUUACAAAUAAAUUAAGAUAGGCUACUUAAUAAUAAAAUGUGUAAUAUUAAAUUUAAACCGAAUGAAGAUAAUUAAUCAUUCUCACUAAUUUAUAUAUCUGACCAGGGGGUAAAAUUCUUGGGUAAAAUUCCGGGGGUAAAAUUCCGGGGGGGUAAAAAUCCGGGGGUAAAUUCCGGGGGUAAAAAUCCGGGCCGUACAUUCUAGGUUUUUAUAAUUUGAUGUGUUCUGAUUAAAUUCACAACCGUGAAAAUAUAUGUUUAAUUCCGCGUUUAACCCAUCGAGCUGAUGUCGCGAAACUCAAAAGUUUGCGGCCGGAAUUUUACCCCCUGGUUUGUGACGUAACGUUUGCCCAGGGGGUAAAAUUCCAGGGGGAUAAAAAUCCGCUACCCCGCCAAAAAUGAUGCAAAACAAAGGAACCUUCAUUAAAAAUUUCCCUUAACAUCUAGGGGUACAAGCUUCCCUUUUCUUACAUUGCUAUACCGAAUUACUGUUAAUUGUGUGCUGUUACUCUUCAACUACUUGAUUGAAUAUUCAACAGUAUUCAGGAUAUUUGUUCAGUGGAAGGUAAUAGAGAUGAGUUGUAAAAAGCACUGUUGUUACAGACUCUUCAAAGAUCAUGAUCAUAAUAUUCUGUACCUAUUCCAAAGAUGUAAAUGCCAUGGUUAGUCUCAUGGUACAGUGUGUUAAAUGUGAUGAAUUAAUUAGAUUUUUCUCUUUACAUCUUUAUCUCAUUUUAUUUUUGUAAAUCACCUUCUUAUUGUGAUGUAGUCUUAAGUGCUUUAGAUAUUUAUAUUUAUUUAUGUGAUAAUAUAAUAGUAUGACUUGAAUAUAAUAAUAAAGCUGUAAUGUU